AUGGCGCUGGAUUUCUGUACCACCAAUAACAUAAAUCAUUUCAGGCGUGACACUGUCCCCUUGCUGCAGAUCUCUUUCUUGGACACACUAUCUCUGAAGGUGCUGACAUUUUAUUCUGCCAUGAUUGGAGUAGAGGUCAUGGGAAACUCCCUCCUCAUCACUCUACACGUUUCCACGAUCCUCCUGGAACCCAGGCCGAAGCCCACGGAUCUGGUCAUCGUCCACCUGGCUUUGGUCCACCGCAAUGCUCCUUACCAGAGUUGUCACUGUGUCAGCAUCAGCUCAGCGUCUGCGGCUCCUGCAGAUGGACCUCAAUGCCCGGUUCGAAAGCACAUCCUCCCAAUCCUUAUCCUCCUGUGGCUCCUCAACUCGAUCGUGGAUAUCAACCUCUUGUUCAAUACCGUUGCAUCUCUCAACGUGACCAGCUGCAAGCCCACAUUCAGUGAUGACUACUGUUCUGUCAGGCCCGUCAGCAGCCUCGUAGGGCUGUUUCUCUUCUUCAUGGCACUCCGUGAUGUCCUGUCCUUGGGAAUCAUGGGAAGCUCUAUUGGCUACAUGGUCGUCCUCCUUUUCCGAAACAGUCGGAAGGUCUGGCAUCUCCACGGCCAGCACCCACCUCCUCGGAAAUACACAGAGACGACAGCAACCCAGACCGUACUGCUGCUGGGCAGCUGCUUUGUGCCCUUCUACUGCAAGGACUUCAUAUUGUCACUGAUUCUCGGGAGUUUCCUCGGGAACAACAUCAUCCUUCUGAAUGCGAAUAUGUUUGUUGUCAGCAGUUAUGCCACCUUCAGCUCCGUCUUGCUGUUAAGCAGUAACUCCAGGUUUGCCAAGUUCUGA